AUGGCUGAAAUGCUUAGCAUGAACAAGGAAUUGAUUCGGAAGAUUUUAAUUGAAGAUUUGUCCAUGAGAAAGGUGUGUGCAAAGAGUGUGCCAAAACUUCUGACGGAUGAACAAAAUCAGAAAAGAGUGGACAUUUGCACUGAUCUUUUUGAGCGAAUUGAACAAGAGGCAAACCUUCUAGACUGUGUUAUCACAGGGGAUGAGGCAUGGGUGUUCCAGUAUGACCUGGAAACUAAAAGACAAAGCCUCCAGUGGACAACAAUAACAUCUCCUCGACCGAAAAAGGCAAGAAUAUCCCGUUCCAAAGUGAAGACGAUGUUAAUUGUGUUUUUGACAUUAAAGGUGUUGUGCACCAUGAAUAUCUUCCACCAGAGCAAAUGGUCAACCAAGACUUUUACAGAGAUGUUCUAG